AUGCAUUAGGAGGACACUCUGAAUAUAAAUCAAAUUCAAUUUAAUUAGCUUCUUCUCGAUGCUCACAGUCAAUUUUAAUUAAGAGAUAUGAAUUAAGCAAUUAAAUUAUAUGAAGAAGCUUUAAAUUGUUAAGAGGCAGGGAAAGGUAAAGUUUAAUAUAAAUUAAAAGAUAUUGAUAGAAUGGCUAUAAUCUUAGCUAAUUUAGGAAUUAUUUAUUUUCAUAAUUGCGAUUAUAAAUAAGCAACUGAAAAAUUACUUUAAGCCUUUACAAUGUUGGAUAGAAAAAACGAUUUCAAAUGUGCAUUAUUAAUUAAAAUUUUAGUAAUAUAAAUUUAAUAUCAAUUAUAGGGAAAUUUAGCAAUUAUCAAAUUGAUAACAACAGAAUUUUAAGAAUGUAAAGAUUAUAAUGAUUAAGCAAUUCAAUUAAUUCUGUCAGUGUACAAAAAUAUUAAUUUUUAGUUAACCUCCAUUAUAAUAUCAAUUAUUUAAAGAGCUAAUGUAUAUAUAUUAUAGAUUUUAAUCAUUUGAAGCAAUGGGAGAUGGCAAUUUUGAAAAUUUGGAAUAAAAGUGUACUGAAAUUUAUAUUAUACUAAUAGAUGAUGGAUAGAGUUUGGCUUGUUUCUAUUCUUCUAUGGGAUUAAAUCGUGAACUUUGUGGAGAUAUGGGACUUGCUUUAAGAUAUCAUUAAAAAGCUCUAAAAUUAUGGUAUGAACAAAAAGAAAAUGGUUUUAUUGUUAUUACAUUAAGAAGAAUAUUAACAAUUGCAUAAAAUGAAAAAAUAGAUUGUAAGGAUUAUGUGUAAUAAUUAUAAAAAUGUAUGCAAUCUACAGAAUUAAGAGGAAUAAGUCCAGAAAUAUUAUUUAAAGAUUGUGAAAAAAAAUUAUAAUGUGCUAGAGAGGUAUAUAUUUUAAUUUAUUUUACAUAUAGAUAACAACAUCAUUGUAAAAAUUAGAAUAAUAAUUGAACUAUCAAAAGAAUCAGUAAUUAUUAUCACAACCUUUAACAGUUAAAUAACAAGAUGAGUUUUGGAAACUCGCUUUAAAAUUAAGACUUAAAAGGGCAAUUUAAUUUUGCUAUCAUUAAAUGUCUUAAUAAGAAGUUGAGAAUGCAUCUAUAUUAUCAUAAUCAAUUGCAUAACUUGAGCAUUCUUUAAAAUUAUUGGAUUAACAACAACCAUAUGAAAAUUACUUAUAAAAUUUACCAUUUACAAAAGAGUCUGUCAAUAUUAUUAAAUCUCAUUUAAUAAAAUUCAAUCGAAUUUGCUUGAAAUUGUAAAUAAAACCCUUCCUCAAUUAUCUUUAUUAAUUAUAAUAAGAAGAUGAUUAAGGGCAAUAACAUUUUUAAUAACCAUUAUUCAAUUCAAAAUUUCCUUCUAAUUCACCUUAUAAUUAACAAAUUUAAAAUUAACAUAAUUUAACACAACAAUAACCAUAGUUAUUAUCUAAUCGAUAAAAGCAAGUUGAUCCAAUGAAUUCAUAAUAUAAUUCAUAACAGAGUUAGGUUAAUUAUGAUUUUCAAAAUUAAUAGAAUAUUUAAUCAUAUCAUUCAACAAAUGAUUAAUAAAAUAAUUUAGUAAGAGGUUAAAAUCCAAUUCAAUAUUAAUAAUAUAAUAACCCAUUAUUAAGUAAUUUUUCUCAAAACAACCAAAUUGAACAGAAUGAUUUUUAAUAGUAAAAGUAAUUAUAUACUAAUAAUUAUGAAUAAUAACCAUUCAAGAAUAGUGGUCAAUUUGGAUCAUAAACUAUGGGUUAUGCUGGAAAUAAUCAGCCAAAAGCAGCAACUUUAUAAUAGUAAUAAUAAUAAUAAUAAUAAUAAUAAUUUUUAUAAUAAUCAUAAUCAGCAAAUCUAAAAUUCUCAAAAUCUUAAUCAAAUUAACCCUAAAUCAAAUAAGGAUAAAACAUGUAAGUUUCUAUAACAAAAUCAUAAAAAUUAAAAAAUGUAAGUCUUCUUAAUGCUGCUUAUAAAACUGUUAUGUUGGGUGAUUAGCUAACUAAAUGCAAUAAAUCUUCUAAUGGAAGAAUAGAAAGAUUUUUUAUUUUAGCAAAUGAUGGUACAUUCAGAUGGGCUUAGAAUAGCAAACAUAUAAAUGAUCCUAAAUCAGUAAAUUCCUAUUCAGUUUCAGAUAUAAGAGGAUUAUUUUAUGGAAAGGUAACAGAUGUUCUUAGAAAAUCAUAUAAUGAUAAAUUAGAACCUUGGCUCUGUUUUUCUUUGAUAAUGAAAACUAGAUCUAUGGAUUUUUAUGUUUAGCCAUUAUAAGUAAAUAUUUGCAAUAUUUUUUAAGAUUAAUUCUUGGGUGUUCGCUAUGUCAGAAGAAAUCAAAAGAAGGAAUUCAUAAUCAUUUGUGAUAACUCCAGGUAAAAUGUUAUGGAGAAAAAUGAAGAUUAUCUUACAUUGGUAUUUUGUGGAUAAAAAAAAAGAUAAAGGAAACAACAAGAAAAAGAAAUAACCUUCAAAUACUUUUGCACAUUUAUUGUUUUUAUAUGCAAAAAAUCAAUAAAGAUUACCUUAAAUAUAAUGA